AUGGCAAUCUUCAAAUUGAAGGCAACGGUCUUGCUAACAUGGCUUCUAGCCGCAGAAUCGGCAUACUCUCUCCCACAGGUGGGAACAGCAGUCGAAAGCAUACUGCAAAAGACAGCCACAGAGAAAGCGAGCACAUUUGAAACUCAAUAUCCACCUAAGAACGAAAACAGCAGACUGCUUAUCCCAGAAUCUCACCCGGUAUAUCGACUCGGUUUACAAACAGACGGUCGUCCAGCUCAACCUCCUUUCCCGGAGCUUGACGUGAGUCAGUUUGUUCACGGCCUGGAAGGCCUCAUUGGCGCAGACCAGGAUACCAGUACUGUACCAGCGCCUCCUGUUCAUACCGCGACUGCUUCAGGGAAGCAGCCUGAAAACCCGGUCCCAGUUCCAACAAGCACAGCAGUUAAAGACUCGCCGAAGGCUGAUCCUAAGCCCGAUACUAGCCUUGAAGAGCCGCAUCCUACCAAUCCUCCGGGUCCAGACAAGGCAGGUACUAUGAACGGCCAAGACAUCUUCCAGCCUGUGGCGACUGGGCCUGCGGCGGCUAGCAUCAAGUCUCGAAAUGAUCAUCCUGUGCAGAAUAAGCAUGCAAACUCUACAGACCCCAUCGAGACUAACAAGUUCUACGCUGGAUUCUUCUUAGGAACUCAGACCAAUGCUAGCUUCACGCAGCCUUACACGCUCGCAUGGUCAAAGGGUGGUGGCACCCUGAAGAGCUGGGGUAUGGGAGUCUCCCAUGUCCCCGCCUCGAUGCUUGCAUUGGGCCCCGAGAACAACAAGAUUCCAGGAGACCCUGUUUCGUAUUACAUCAACCCCAUUGGCCUCCAGCCUCUCGUCUUCUCUGCUUCUGAGCUGGGAGAGUCUACUGUGCUGAAGACUGAGCAACCAAAGGCUUUCUCCGCCCACGCGGUUAUCAAGCGUUCUGAGGGCUCCGCCCAACAGAUCUCAUUCCCUGUUGUUCAAGGUAUGGGUUUUACUACAGCGGUCUACAGUGAUCUUCAACCUUUGAUCGAAAGUGGCAUUUUCUUCCGCAAGGUUGUCAAUGCAGGUUCGCCUCGAUCAGGAAUCUUCAAGUACAAGGUUGAACUUGAGGAUGACACUAUCUGGCUGAUGUAUGCUGCUCCCUCCAAUGGCAAGGACCCGAAGUUCAAACUUGUGUCAAAGACCAACCUGCGUGGUCCUCAGGGCUUCUCCGGCACAGUCCAAAUCGCCAAGAAUCCUUCCGGUACUCCUGGCGAGAAGUUCUAUGAUAACUCCUGCGGUGUCUACCCCGUGGCAGGCCAUAUCGCAGGCUCGGUCACUGGUGACGUUGGCAGUUACACCCUUUCUUGGACCAAGGCUGGAAAGGAUGUGAAGGGCACCCCUUUGCUGAUGUUUGCCCUGCCUCACCACGUUCAGUCUUUCGAUAGUGCCUCCAAGGGCCGCGUCACCGAUAUUCACCUCCGUACCACCACUAAGGGUAACGCAACUGCCGUCGUCGGAGAGAGCUGGACCAUGGUCGAGUCCAACCUCCCAGUCGACGUUGGAUUUGCCCCCUGGUCAACCGAGCACGGAAGUGUGCAUGAACUUUCCCCCGCUGCCCAACAUGCCAUCCUCCAGGUUGCUCCACACGAGUUGAAUCAGAACAUCUCGAAAGAGACGGACUUGAACAGCAUGUACUACAGCGGCAAGGCUCUUAGCAAGUUCGCCACUUUGGUGUACACUGUGAACAAGCUAGGCAAGAAUGUCGAGCUAGCCAAUGACGCGUUCCAGGAACUGAAAAAAGCUUUCGCCCACUUCGUAGACAACAAGCAGCAAUACCCCCUGGCAUACGAUACCGUCUGGAAGGGCGUUGUUUCCACUGCGGGCUACAACGGUGAUUUGAACCAAGACUUUGGAAAUACCGCGUAUAACGACCACCACUUCCACUACGGCUACUUCAUUCAAGCAGCUGCCCUUAUUGGAUCCCUCGACCCAACCUGGCUAGCUGCCAACAAGGACUGGGUUAAUACUCUCGUUCGCGACGCUAGCAACUCCGUUGAGAACGACGCUUAUUUCCCCUUCUCCCGUGGCUUCGAUUGGUACAAUGGCCACUCCUGGGCCAAGGGUCUAUUCGAAUCUUUUGAUGGCAAAGAUCAAGAGUCCUCCUCCGAAGACACCAUGUUCGCAUACGCGAUCAAGAUGUGGGGUCAGACUACUCAUGAUGCAAGCAUGGAGGCUCGCGGUAAUCUCAUGCUCGGUAUCCUGGGACGGUCAUUGAAGAACUACUUCCUCUUGGAGAACGACAACAUCAACCAUCCCCCGAGCUUCAUUGCUAACCGUGUCACUGGAAUUCUCUUUGAGAACAAGGUUGACCACACAACCUACUUCGGUGCCAAUUUGGAAUUCGUGCAAGGUAUCCACAUGCUCCCUCUCAUGCCCCACACUCCUUACGCUCGCCGGAAGGAGUUCGUUCGUCAAGAAUGGCAGGACAUGUUUGCCGCGAAUGCCUCUACGCCCGCCUCUAAGGUCGAUGGUGGAUGGAAGGGUGUGCUGUACGCCAACCUUGCUCUCAUCGAUCCCAAGGCGUCUUGGGAGUUCUUCACCCAGCCAAACUUCAACUACACCUGGAUUGAUGGUGGUGCUACGCGCACUUGGUACUUGGCCUUCGCUGCUGGCCUUGGAGGCUCCCCUUAG